AAUUCAGCCUCGAGGUAAUUUAAACGCUAAACGUCUAACGUUAACCUAAUUGGGUUAGGGUCAAAUGUGAAUGGCCCUGUACCUUAAACUUCGACCAUAAUAGUGUCCCGUAUCGUUGAACUCUCCCUCAAAAAUACAAAUCAAACUUCAAUACUCUCCCCCGUUGAUUCCUUUCAUCUCCUUCUCUUCCGAAUUUUAGAUACCCAAGAUAUUGCGAAAAUCUUCAUUUAAGAUUUUUUCCCUUGUUGUCGCAGCUCAACCUCACAUUUACGAAAACGAAAUCCCCCCCACCAUAUUUACACAGGUAUUCAAGGUUUAGAAAGCUUGUACAGUCACGAAGUACGGUCGGAUCGACGCAUGCGCAACUACUUGGACAACUAAAUAAACACUGUGAAGACGUAUGAUGGCAACUGAAGCCACUUCUGAGAACUUCGCGACGCCAUCUAUAACUCCUGAUCAUGAGCUGGUUAGUCUUUAUUUUGAAUGGUCCCUUGGAGUAAUUCGAAAAAUGCUGACAUGCGCCCAGAACACUACUGAAACCAAGAGUCAAGAUGUCCCCUCCGAACAAACUCCCUCUAUAGACGGAACCACUGCCGAUAAAGAUGGAAGUAAACAAUAUUCAGAUCUUCUCGACCCCAACAAUAUCUCGGCGGAGGUCAGUAUUAAUGGAGGAUCAGAUACUGAAGCUACGAAAGCGGAAACCUCGAAAACUGGUGACGAAAAAGGUGGUCAUGGUCGAUCGACCUCGGCCGUCAAGAAACCUGUCCCUUCUUUCAAGGCAGUUUCAGUAAAUAAGACAUUUUUGGCAUCGAAAGCUUCCACGGCUGUGGCCCCAACGAAGAUCGGAGAUAAAGGUGCGACAGUUUCUACUACUGCGCCAACCACUUUGACAACUUCAACAUCAACUACACCAAAACCAAGGCUAGUCGCAAAAUCGGGUAGUGGUCUUCGUGACUCAACACCACGAGCUUCAACUACGGCGAAUGGCGGAAAACCUGGUGGUGCCCCUGAUGCGAGCGCCGUGUGGAACAAAAACAGACGUAAGUUACACAUUGCUAUAUUUACACGGGUAAUCUUCUAACAAACAAACAAACAGCUGCAGCACCGCCAGAGCCAAAACGAUUUACCGAUGAAGAACUCAAGCAACGUUAUGGUAUUCAUUUAGCGACUAGGUUACAAGCCGACGACCCUGGUAAACAAGCAAAUUGGGCAGAUAUCGACGAUGACGAUGAUGAUUGGGCACCUGAAUCAAUUGAAUGGACUGAUGGAACGAAAAUUACUCUACCGCAUGCAGAUGAUGCACCUCCUCCACCUCUCGAACCUGUGCCAGAGCCUGCGCCGGUUGCAAAAGAAAUAAAGAAAGUAGAGCCUGUACCAAAACCAUCCAAGUCACCGGCACCUCAAGUGAUAGCUGCUCCCGCUCCUCGACUUGGGUCCGGAAAAGCUGGUUUGAUUCUUAAGGGUGCUCCUGAAAAGCCUACCCUCGUUGCAAAACCACCCGGACCUCCGACACCUGUUAAAUCUCCAUGGGCUCAGCUUCCGCCAGUUGAAAAAGUGGCUCCUGUCGCAAUUGAUGUUCCACAACAUCCUCCACAACAACCUCAACAAAAUCGAUUUAAUCAACGAGACCCUCAUGGAUUUUCUGGUAUGCCACUACCAGCCGCGAAAGAAAUUGCUGCCGAUGACUUUAGUCGAACUUGGAGGGAUGGAAAUGCAAGUGCUAGCAGGGAGCUCUAUAAUUCUCAAUCUGGUAGAUAUGAACCCGUUAAUGAGGCUCGACGUGGGGUAUCUAGAUCCGAAGGACAAUCUCGUGGCCCCGCAGUUCUUCAACGACCACCGCAUCAGGACGUACCUGCAGAGCCAUCUGCUGCUUUCCAAACUCAUCACACUAGCGCGCAACAAGGGAAUUAUGGACGCCGUCGCACUUCGUCUAAUGUUAGUGGAGGCAGUGGAAAUUUUGCUAGACGUAUGAGUCGUGGUCAUGAUCUGCCACCACCGAACGAUAUGUUGAAUGCACGCAGAGGCUCUUUAGCAGCUGUAAGUGAUGCACCCUCGUCACCUCGGAAUUUCUCUCCAUCUGGUCAAAACUUUUCAAACCAACAACAUCAGCAACGAGGUUAUCAAAAUCAAAACCAGCCAUGGCAAUCCAGGGCAUCGCCAGUUGUCAGUCAUCCAUCUCCUCAUUCUGCUUAUGGACAACUUGCUCCAGGACUGGGAGAUAUGCACAUGCAUGGUCAAGGUCCGCCACAAGGUCCACCAAUGGGUUCGGCACCAAAGGAAGAUGUUCUUGAAGAACAAAAGAAUAUCAUGAGACGAACACGUGAGCUCGCUAUCAAGAGAAGACAAGAGGCAGAAGCAAAAGAAGAGGCCGAGAGAAAGGAGCGUAUUCGUAUUAAGCUUGAAGCUAUGGGACCGCCUCCAGAAAAGAAGAAGGUUAAGGACGAGGUGGCCAAAGAAGACAAUGUUCCUACGUCGAUUCAAGCUCGUGAAGUCAAUCCUAUUCCUCCUACCAAAUCGGCGGAAACAUCCAAUGAUGCGCAUGCAUCAAAACCAGAAGUCACGAAUGAAAAUGUCAAUGCAAGGCACAUCGAAGGAAAUGCUAAUGGCCCUGAGUUACGGCCAAAUGGUGUCUACCAACCCAAUGCUCCAGUGUCUUCACCACAAGUUAUGCCUGAUAAUCGAAAUUCACAGUCAUGGCAGAGAAAUUCAUCUUCAAAUUAUCCUGCCGACAGAUUCACUUCAUGGUCGGCUGCGCCCCCACCACCACAAAAUUCAUCUUCAAGAAUUUGGGGACCUCCCACAAAUGAAAAAACAAUUGGAAAUGGUACUUUUAAUCCAGAAUUGAACAGGCUUCCGGAGAUGUCUCGUCAAUCACUCUCAGAUAUGUCUCAUCAAUCUGCUCAUCCAGGACCAAUUGGACCACCAGGUGCGAACCGUGGUAAUGGUACUUACCAGGCAAAUCGUGGUCGUGACCAAUAUAAUUCCCGACCACCUCCGAUUGGACCUCCAUCGGCUACUAGAGCACCGCAACCACCCAGAUCAUAUGAAGAGGAGCAACGAAAAUCUCUGGCUAGAUCGGUUUGGGGUGGUGUACCGGACAGAAUUUCCCAAGAGGAUGCAAUUCUUCACCAACAACAUCAAGAGGAAAUGGAGCGCAAGCGUGAAAUGGAAGCAGCUGGUAUUGUGGAGGAACUUCAUCAGCCUGUCUACGAAGAUACCUGGAAGCAAGUUACAUUGAACGACGAUGGAACAAGAAGCAAGACGAAGAAGGUUUCUACUGCUUUAGUUGAUGGAAGGCCGGCAACGUCUUCGGUUUUGGCGGAAAAUACUUCUCAUGGGAAUGCUCGACCACAAUACAACGACAGCAGUGCAUGGCCAUCAGGUGUAGAAGGAAACGCAUCAUACCGAGAAUCGAAAUUUUUCCCAAAUCAUAACCGCGAUGUUCGCCUCGAGGAGAUGAAUGGUCAUGGUUUUGAAAGAUCAUCAUCACCAUCCCCACCUCCACCUACCAUGGCUGGUCAUCCGGCUUAUGAUAGCGAGUUCGCACGUCCACAUGUUGCUUUACCACCACCAUUGCCUGUGGUUAGAUUGCCGCCUCCAACUAUCGUUCAACCAAUUGCUCCUCCUCGGCCAACGUCUUUUGCAGCUGCUGCGGCAGCUCCAGCUGUUCCUGCCAUUAGUCAAAUUCCUGGGUUAGCUGCUCGUCAAGGACUUGCGCGAACUGCGUCAACUACUUAUGAUAUUCGUAGAGGUCCGGCUCCAUCAACUCAAACAGGGGAAUGGAAGGAAAAGAUUGAUCAGUUGUUCGGCAAGAAGUCCCCACCAAGAACUCAUGCCCUUGCUGUCGACUCUUCUAGCAGACGUGCAUUUGAUCAUUCAUCAGAAUCGCAAGCUUCCGCUACUGUUUCUCUCCCAGGGUCCAUCAAUGAAAACUCAACUGAAGAAGAAGAAUCGUUUGACACAAAACCUGCGGCAGAAGAAUGUUUUGAGGAACAAGAGAUGGGUUCAGUGCCCGUUAUGAAGUUUCCACAAACGAUACCACCAAACGCCUUUCAACCUGUUGCAGCCCCUAAAAACCUGGCUCGAAGAUUCCUCAUUUCUGAUACCACAUCCAUUGAGCCACUCCAAUUUCCAUUAGAGACCAGCAAUAAUUCCAAUCUUCUUGUCAUUAUGCUACCCGGCCAGGAAACAUCUAGGUCUGUCCCUCUUCCCAUAUCUCGAAACAGAAGCAAUCCUAGACGUGGACGUGGUGGAUCACGACAACCAUCAUCAACUCAUUCAAGAGGCGGCCGUGGUGCGAGAGAUGCCAAUAAUGGCCCCGCAUCUACUCCUCGCGAAACCCAAUCCCCAAACCCGAGUAAUACUUCCGGCCGUGGUCGUGGUGGAAGAGGAUUUGGGAAUGGUACUAGCUGGAAUCGCCAUGCCGCGACUCCAGUUCACACUUAAUUGUCAGAGUAGUUCCAGAAAACACAAUCGCUUGGUCAUCAUAUUCUUUGUGGAUAUUGACCCUUCAACGUGUAUUUUUCAGGAACCACUUUCUCUUCUUCUACGCAGCACCCCUUUUUCGAAAUAUCUACACUUGUAACUUCAAACCCUCAUGAGCGGGUGUUUGUCUCGUCAGUGAUCAUCAUGCAAUUCUGUUUGCAUUAUGGAUCGCAAUGUACAUUUGCACGCAUUCAUGACUUGCUUCUUACUUUUUUUUUUUUAAGAGGCAUAGUCAUAGAUUAGGAUGGGAUACAGGGCAUUAUUUACCACGAUAUGAGGGAAUUAAAAAGGGAUCACCUGGACAUUGCAAUAUUCAUGAGGAUUCCUAAACUAACUCUCAAUCACAAGUACUUUUAUCGCAGUAUGUUUUGCUCUAUGGCUGUACAUUUGGAAUGACAGCAAUGCCAAAUGGAAAUGGCUCCUCACAAUUUUCAGAUGAAUAAAAUAUUUUAAAAAUCGUGAAAUAGUUUGAUGAAUGAUUAUGAAUGUGAUUUAACUUUUGUGAUGAUUGAAAUAAAUAGUCAUGUAAUCUUGUAUAGGUGUCUACUUACCAUCACUAUUACGUCUCAUCAAUACUGGUGUACCAAUCCAUCAAUUCUAUAAAAAUUCAAAUAAGUGAAUAAAUUUAUUUGAAUUUGUAUUCAAAUAUAUAGCUUUAUAUUCGAUCAUUUUUGUUUUUUUUUCAAUUCGAAUAAUUAUAAUAAAUCUUCGUUAAUUAAUAACAGUGAGGAUUUUAUAAAGAAAGAAAAAAAGAGAAAGAGAAAGAAAGAUUGAAUUUCCGAAAUAAGAAAUUUCAAGAAUUGUAGCUUAG